GGACUCAUUAGUGUUUUAUUAUUAGAUACAUUGAGUCGAGUUCAUGUGAAAUUUCUCAUCUUUAGUAUGAGCAAAACUGUUGUGAUAUACAGAUGGUGAUGAAAAAUGAUUAGGAAUGGUUUUUUAAGUUUUAUCUAAACAGUGGGUUGAAGUGUGAGCGUUUGACGAGCUUGAUAACCAUGUGUUCUCGCGGCGUCUUGAACGCGAUCGACGACCCCGACGAUGACCCGCAGCCGAUGUCUCCCCUGGCGUCCAGCCUGCCGGCGCUGACGGUGGGGUCGCCCCUCAAGAUCAGAAUCGACCACCCCGGGAUCAACCCAUUCCUGAUGGAGCCCCAUACAGGUAGCCGAAACAUCGGCAAAGAUGUUUCGCAUCAGGACACAAACAAAACACAUACACAGAUGGAUUCGGGACUAGCACAAAAACACACUGAGGACGUGACAAUUUCAAUGAGAUGCGAAAGCCCAAUGUUUCUGGCUCAGGGAGUGAGCUUUACAGUCCCAGAUGAAUCUGAUCUUCCAAAUGAAAUUUCGGCACCUUAUGAAGUACCCCAAUUUCCCAUUGAACAGAUCGAGAAAAAAUUGGCAAUUCAAAGGCAGUUAAAUGUCAAGGCAGCCAAAGAAAUUGAGGACAGGCGUUCCCAAUAUGAACCCUCUUUGGGCGCCGCCGUAGAUGAUCACGAUGAUUCCUUCCAAUUGGAGGAACAUGACUUUGUUCCUCACUUUCAAAGAGUGUCCAUAAGUGGAGAAGACACCAGUGGGGUUCCUUUAGAAGAUUUGCAACAAGCAUCGAAUCUUCUGAUUCGUGCUCUUCACAUACGAGAAUGUUACAUGGCCAACUCGAGGCAGAGUUUUCCUUCAAUGACAUCCCGUUUUCUAAGAUCAGUUUCUACCGGAACUCCAAAACACAAGGCGGAUAUUAAACAUGGAGAUCGGAAGACUAUUGAAGAUCACCCCGUUCACCCUCCUGCCAGCAGAGGCGAUCCAUGGGAGUGUGAGUUUCCUCCUGCAAAAAAUUACGUUUUUAAACCAGAUCAUGGUGUGUUCACGGUUUAUGCUAACCAGGAAGAUGCUGAUAAUAAUGUGCCUCUACCAUACACGUACCCAAAACUUGAUGUUUUUAUAGCUGAUAUGAUCAUGAUGUGUGCGAUGAUUGCUGAUGGACCAUUAAAAUCAUUUUGUUAUCGACGCCUGAGUUAUCUUUCAUCGAAAUUUCAGCUUCAUGUGUUAUUGAAUGAAUUGAGAGAGUUGGCUUCACAAAAGGCUGUGCCUCAUCGGGAUUUUUAUAAUAUAAGGAAAGUAGACACUCACAUUCAUGCCGCAUCUUGUAUGAACCAAAAGCAUCUACUGAGGUUUAUCAAAAAGACCCUGAAACAAAAUGCUGAUGAGGUCGUGACCCACACGAACGGAAAACCGAUGACCCUCAAAGAGGUUUUCCAAUCUAUGAACUUGACUACCUAUGACCUUACUGUAGAUAUGCUUGAUGUUCAUGCGGACCGAAACACUUUUCAUAGGUUCGACAAAUUUAAUGCAAAAUAUAAUCCUAUUGGUGAAAGCAGAUUGAGAGAAGUUUUCUUAAAAACCGAUAACUACUUGAACGGAAAAUAUUUUGCAAGAAUUAUCAAUGAAGUUAGUUCGGAUUUAGAAGAAAGCAAAUAUCAAAAUUGCGAAUUGAGACUUUCAAUUUAUGGUAAAAGUCCUGAAGAGUGGGAUAAACUUGCAAAAUGGGCAAUAGAAUCUAAUGUUUAUAGUGAUAAUGUGCGCUGGCUUAUUCAAAUACCACGAUUAUACGAUAUUUUCAAAUUAAAUAAGCUGAUGAACAAUUUCCAAGAAAUUCUUACAAAUAUCUAUUUGCCAUUAUUUGAAGUUACGAAUGAUCCACAAUCGCAUCCUGAACUACACAAGUUUCUUCAGUUCGUGAUAGGUUUUGACUCGGUGGAUGAUGAAAGUAAACCCGAAAAUCCAUUAUUCGAUAAGGAUGUUCCGACACCAGAAGAAUGGACAGACACUGAAAAUCCGCCCUAUGCAUAUUAUCAAUAUUAUAUGUACGCUAAUAUGACCGUAUUGAACCAUUUUAGACACGAGCAGGGGUUGAACACAUUUGUGUUGAGGCCGCAUUGCGGAGAAGCUGGUCCAAUUCAACACUUAGUUUGCGGCUUCAUGAUGGCCGAAAACAUUUCGCACGGACUUUUAUUAAGAAAAGUGCCUGUACUUCAAUAUUUAUAUUAUUUAGCGCAAAUUGGCAUUGCUAUGUCUCCUUUAAGUAACAACUCGCUAUUUUUAAAUUAUCAUAGAAAUCCUCUUCCUGAAUAUUUAGCUAGGGGCUUGUGUGUAAGUUUGAGUACGGAUGACCCAUUACAAUUUCAUUUUACCAAGGAGCCUUUAAUGGAAGAAUAUAGUAUUGCAGCUCAAGUUUGGAAACUUAGCUCUUGUGAUAUGUGUGAGCUUGCUAGAAAUAGUGUUAUUAUGAGUGGAUUUCCACACAAGAUGAAACAAUAUUGGUUAGGACCAAACUACACUCAGGAAGGAGUGGCCGGUAAUGAUAUAACAAGGACCAAUGUACCCGAUAUACGUGUUGCCUUUCGAUAUGAAACUUUACUCGAUGAAUUGUCAAAUAUUUUCAAAGUCGAACAGCCAAGGGAUUCUGCAACGACUCAUACACAAUGACAUAAAGCCAACUGGAAAGAUGAUAAGAAUAGUUUGUCGCGGGCUAAGACCAGGGAAUUGAAUAAAAUGCGACGAUUUGAUGUUGCGGGACCUCACAUGCAGUAAAU